CAACCCGUUGGGGUCCCCUGCCAUAGUGUGGGAGCUUUGUUCUUUCUCGCUGCAAUAAAUUUUGUUGCUGCUCACUGUUUAGGUCCACACUGCCUUUAUGAGCUGUAACACUCACCGCGAAGAUCUGCAGCUUCACUCCUGAAGCCAGCGAGACUACGAGCUCACUGGCAGGAACGAACAACUCCAGACGCAACGCCUUAAGAGCUGUAACACCGCGAAGGUCUGCAGCUUCACUCGUGAGCCAGGAGACCACGAACCUACCAGAAGGAAUGAAACUCCGAACACGUCGGAACGUCAGAAGGAACAAACUCUGGUACACCCCGCCUUUAAGAACUGCAACACUCACUGCGAGGGUCUGUGGCUUCAUUCUUGAAUCACGCAGGCUGGAGUGCAGUGGUGCAGUCAAGGUUCACUGUGGCCUGACAUCCUGGGCUCAAGCGAUCCUCCUGCCUCAGCCUCCCAAAGUGCUGGGAUUACAGGCAUGAGCCACUGCAGUCAGCCAGGGAUCUCAAUCUGGAAGCACAGCUCUGGUGAUCCUCAAGGUGCAGUCAGCCCUCCCCCUCGUCUCCCCCGUCCCCAGCCCUGCUCCCCGCUGUUUAUCCAGCUGUCUCCCAGCCCUCAGGACAGGAACCCCCUCUGCCUCCAAGUCGGCAAACUGCUCCAGACCCCUCCUUUUGGCCGCUGCCUGGGAGAAGGCCCCCACCGGCUACCUUGGCCCCCACCUUGCCUGGCCAGUCCUGUCCUGGGAGGGUCAUGACCCAGUCCCAGGGCCAUCGAGGAAAGGAGUGCCAGCCCUGGCUCCAGGUGCCCCACUCAGGCUGUCCAUCUGAUGCCCCCAACACUGCCCCGCCCCUGCCUGCUCCUGGCACCGGAGACCCUGCUGACUGUGCCAGGGGCUAAUCUGGGAGCUGGCAGCUGUGAGUCCUGGCCCUGCCACUCGACCUCUGGCGGCUAGCGGCGAGGCCCCUUCCUGACCUUCAGGGAUCGGCCACCAUGUCCCACCGGAAAUUUUCCGCCCCUCGGCACGGACACCUGGGCUUCCUGCCCCAUAAGAGGAGCCACCGGCAUCGGGGCAAGGUGAAGACGUGGCCACGGGAUGACCCCAGCCAGCCCGUGCACCUCACGGCCUUCCUGGGCUACAAGGCGGGCAUGACCCACACCCUGCGGGAGGUGCACCGGCCGGGGCUCAAAAUUUCCAAACGGGAGGAGGUGGAGGCGGUGACAAUUGUAGAAACGCCGCCCCUAGUGGUGGUGGGCGUGGUGGGCUAUGUGGCCACCCCUCGAGGUCUCCGGAGCUUCAAGACCAUCUUUGCAGAACACCUCAGUGACGAGUGCCGGCGCCGAUUCUACAAGGACUGGCACAAGAGCAAGAAGAAAGCCUUCACCAAGGCCUGCAAGAGGUGGCGGGACACAGACGGAAAGAAGCAGCUACAGAAGGACUUCGCCGCCAUGAAGAAGUACUGCAAGGUCAUUCGGGUCAUUGUCCACACUCAGAUGAAACUGCUGCCCUUCCGGCAGAAGAAGGCCCACAUCAUGGAGAUCCAGCUGAAUGGUGGCACGGUGGCCGAGAAGGUGGCCUGGGCCCAGGCCCGGCUGGAGAAGCAGGUGCCCGUGCACAGCGUGUUCAGCCAGAGUGAGGUCAUUGAUGUCAUUGCUGUCACCAAGGGUCGAGGCGUCAAAGGGGUCACAAGCCGCUGGCAUACCAAGAAGCUGCCGCGGAAGACCCAUAAGGGCCUGCGCAAGGUGGCCUGCAUUGGCGCCUGGCACCCCGCCCGCGUGGGCUGCUCCAUUGCUCGGGCCGGACAGAAGGGCUAUCACCACCGCACGGAGCUCAACAAGAAGGGUGGCUUCCCCCACUACGGGGAAGUGAACAACGACUUCGUCAUGCUGAAGGGUUGUAUUGCUGGUACCAAGAAGCGGGUCAUUACGCUGAGAAAGUCCCUCCUGGUGCACCACAGUCGCCAAGCCGUGGAGAAUAUUGAGCUCAAGUUCAUUGACACCACCUCCAAGUUCGGCCAUGGCCGCUUCCAGACAGCCCAAGAGAAGAGGGCCUUCAUGGGCCCCCAAAAGAAGCAUCUGGAGAAGGAAACGCCGGAGACCUCGGGAGACUUGUAGGCUGCAUGGGGUGGAUGAACCCUGAAGCGCACCGCACUGUCUGCCCCAAUGUCUAACAAAGGCCGGAGGCGACUCUUCCUGCGAUGUCUCAGAGCGCUGUGUAACCGCCCAAGGGGUUCACCUUGCCUGCUGCCUAGACAAAGCUGAUUCAUUAAGACAGGGGAAUUGCAAUAGAGAAAGAGUAAUUCACGCAGAGCCGGCUGUGCGGGAGACCGGGGUUUUAUGUUUUAUUACUCAAAUCGAUCUCUUUGAGCAUUUGCGGAGCAGAGGUUUUUUUUUUUUUUUUGAGAGAGAGUCUUGAUCUUGUCGCCCAGGCUGCUGGAGUGCCGGGGAGCAGAGUUUUUAAGGAUAACUUGGCGGGUGGGGGGAGCCAGUGAGCCAGGAGUGCUGAUUGGUCAGGGAUGAAAUCACAGGGACUAGAAGCUGUCUUCUUGCGCUGAGUCAGCUCCUGGGUGGUGGCCACAAGAUCAGAUGAGCCAGUUUAUCAAUCUGGUUGGUGCCAGCAGAUCCGUCAAGUGCAGGGUCGGCAAAAUAUCUCAAGCACUGAUCUUAGGGGCAGCUUAGGGAGGGUCAGAAUCUUGUAGCCUCCAGAUGCACGACUCCUAAACCAUAAUUCCUAAUAUUGUGGCUAAUGUUAGUCCUAAAAAUGCAAUCUAGUCCCCAGGCAAGAAGGAGGUCUGCUUUGGGAAAGGGCUGUUACUGUCUUUGUUUUAAACUAUAAACUGGCUGGGCGCGGUGGCUCACACCUGUAAUCCCAGCACUUUGGGAGGCCAAGGUGGGCGGAUCACCUGAGGUCGGGAGUUCAAGACCAGCCUGGCCAACAUCGAGAAACCUCGUCUCUACUAAAAAUACAAAAUUAGCCGGGCGUGGUGGCGCAUGAUUGUAAUCCCAUCUACUCCGGAGGCUGAGGCAGGAGAAUUGCUUGAACCAGCGAGUUGGAGGUUGCAGUGAGCUGAGAUCGCGCAACUGCACUCCAGCCUGGAGACAGAGUAAGACUCCGUCUCAAAAGAAAGAAAAAAACAAAAAACUAUAAACUGAGUUUCUCCCAAAGUUUUUUCAACCUACCACCAGGGAUGAACAAGGACAGCUUGGAGGUUAGAAGCAAGAUAGAGUCGGCUGAGUUAGAUCUCUUUCACUGUUUCAGUCAUAAUUUUGCAAAGGCGGUUUCACCUGGGCGCAGAAAGGCUGCAUGACCUCCGGCAGCUCCGGGCUUAG